AUGCUAGUAAAUAACUUGCAACCACUCUCCAUAUUUUUACGGAAUGCUAACGGCAUCCUACAACAUUUAAAUGAACUUCAAGUAGUUUUUAAUGAAAAAAAAGUUUUAAUAACUCAUAUUUCUGAACCUCGCCUAACUAAAACCUCUACACUCAAGAUAUUCGGAUUUGAUAUUAUCAGAGCUGAUCAUCCAGAUGGUACUGCACACAGAGGCGCUACUCUCCUCAUCUCCAAUACAAUUAAUCAUGCACCUCUUCCGUCAUAUCUGUCUAAAAUAUUCAAGCGGCAAUUGCCAAACUCUGAUGACAUUCAAAAAGCAGCCAAGGACUCAUCUACCAAGAGUCCACCUUAUUCUCAAACAAUCUAUCGCCAGAAUCAAGACAACUCAUUGCUAAAAAACGCAGAGCCAGAUCAAAAUGAAGAAAUUUAUAAAGUGUGGGUCGAAAAUGGAAAUGAAGAACGAAAAUUAACGAAAUUAAGAAAAUGUGAAGGCAGUGUGAUUGAUAAAGAACUUUUCGUCUGGUUUAGCAAAACUCGGGAAAAAAAUAUUUCCGAACCAACAAUACAAGAAAAGGCUAAACAACUUGCUGAAGUUCACGGAUUAAAUGAUUUUAAAGCUUCAAACGGGUGGCUUGAAAAAUUUCGAAAACGGCAUAACAUUUCGUAUAAAUCUAUUUGUGGCGAAGCUUCAGCCGUUGAUAGAAUAGCUGUUGAUGACUGGAAGAAAAAAUUACCAAACAUAAUCGAUAAAUAUGAAAAGCGAGACAUCUUCAAUGCCGACGAGACUGGGCUUUUUUUUAAAGUUCUACCUAAUAAAACUAUAGCAUUUAAAAAUGAAACUUGCAGCGGUGGAAAAGUUUCAAAAGAACGGUUGACUGUGCUAUUGUGCUGUAAUAUGAUUGGUGAGUUUGAACGUCCUCUCGUCAUAGGUAAGGCAAAACGACCGCGAGCUUUCAAAAAAUUAGACGUAAAUAAAUUUCCCGUUGACUGGUGUUGGAAUAAAAAGGCCUGGAUGACGACACAGAUUAUGACAGACUGGCUUAUGAAAUUUGAUAAACAAAUGAUAAAAAAGUCGAAGAAAAGUACUACUUUUUGUCGACAAUGCAGCUCCUCAUCCCCAUCUUAA